AUGGGGACCCGUGAGUUUAUGGACUAUCCGGCGGCGAAAGAGGCAGCGGAGCUGUCGUACACGUGGCAAGAGGACAAGAACCCGGUUUUGCGCGGAUUCCCGCUUGUUGCUGCGUCAGCGCUAUAUGUCUGGAGGAACACGGGAUUCGACAAGUUGAAGAACAUUCCAGGCCUGGGCCAGGAGGUGGCGACGUUGCGGCCACGGGUGACGCCUCUGGACUUGGGCGAGCGAUCGUCGACGGCAGCGGGCAGCAUGGUGGCGCCAGAUGCGGCGCUGCUGGAGCGGCAGUACAUGGGCCAUGGGGGGCGAUUCUAUGCGGCGGCGGACUACGGUGCGCUAUACCGGUCGGGGGUGGCGACGCCGACGGACGUGGCUGAGGCGCUGUUGCCGCUGGUCCAACGAGGACAGAAGUCGCCGUACGAAGCCGCCUUUCUGGUCAGCCACGUGGACGAGGUGCGGGCAGCGGCGGCGGCGUCGACGGCGCGCUGGGCGGCCGGUCAGCCGCUGGGUCUGCUCGACGGCGUGCCUUUCUCGGUCAAGUGCGAUAUCGGCGUGGCCGGCUACGUGAGCACAAUCGGCAUGGCUACGCACCCGGACGACGAGGCGUUUGGCCGGCGAUAUCCCUGUCUGCGGACGCCACAGACCAAGACGGCCUGGCCGGUCCGCAAGCUGCUCGAGGCUGGGGCCGUGCUGAUCGCACAGAACAACAUGCACGAGGUCGGGAUGGACACGACAGGAUGUAAUCCAUCCACAGGAACACCGGUCAACUGGUACAACUCGUCGUACUAUCCAGGCGGCUCGUCCUCGGGUGCUGGUUCGGCACUGGGCGCCGGGCUGGUGCCGAUUGCUCUGGGCACCGACGCCGGCGGCAGCGUGCGGAUCCCGCCGGCCUUCAACGGGGUGUACGGGCUCAAGACGACGCACGACCGGGUGACGGUGAUGGACUCGAGCAUGUGUGUGAUGGGGCCAAUGGCCGGCAGCGUGGCCGAUCUGACGGCAGCCUAUCGCGUGAUGGCGCAGCCAGACCAGACGGACCCGGUGCAGGGCCAUUUUGCGGUGUCGGCGGCUGCCUCGCCAGAGAGCCCGCGCGUGGUGGGCGUGCCGCGAGCCUGGGUGCAGCGGGCAGACGCGGCCAUGGUGGCGCACUUGGACCGUCUGGUCGGCUAUCUCGCGCGCGAGCACGGCUACACCGUCGUCGACGUGGCGCUGCCGCACCUGGCCGAGGCUCAGGCAGCCCACGGGCUGACGUGUCUGAGCGAGGCGCUCGCGGCAGCACGUGACCGCACGAUGCCCGACCCAGACGGCUGGCCGGCACUGCUCAACGCGCCCAACCGGAUCCUCCUCUCGACGGCCCAACACGCUUCCGCCAUCGACCUGCUCAAGGCCGGCCAGCUCCGCACCGUCCUGAUGCGCCACCUCGCCCAUCUCUUCGACCAGCAUCCCGGCCUCGUCAUCGUCACACCCGCUACCCCCAUGGCCGGCUGGCCCAUCCAUCCGGCCGAUCUUCAUCACGGCGUCUCUGACGGCAAUAUGUCCCUGCGCGCUAUGCGCUACGUCUGGCUCGCCAACACCACUGGCUGCCCAUCCGUCUGCUGCCCCAUGGGCUACGUCGACCCCGCUCCAGGCCAGGCCCCCGGCCCCGUCCCGGUCGGCAUCCUCGCCACCGGCCGCUGGGGCGCCGAGGAACAGCUGCUCGCUUGGGCUGCCCUUGCUGAAAAAUACCUCUACGAAGACUAUCCUGGUGGCCGUCUGCGGCCAGACAAGUGGGUCGACGUCCUGGAGGUCGCCCGUGAAAAGGCAGAGGCCAAGGCUGAGGCCGAGACCGACGAGGCCGGAAAGCCGGCAGUCAUGGCCUACGACUGGGAGGCGUAUCGGGGAACAUGUUACAACCUAUACAUUGACGAGCAGCGGUCGCUCGAGGACAUCAUGGCGCACAUGCGCGUGCACCACGGCUUUGCGCCGAGCCGGCGGGCAUUCCAGAGCCACUUCCGUCAGUGGAAGUUCCCGUCCAAGCAGGAGGCCGCGCAUGAGGAUGGCGGGCUAGUGCGGCGUGUGCGCGAGCUGUGGGAGCGGAACCUGACGCAGGGCGAGAUGCUGGGCCAGCUGCACCUAGAGGGCUACGACGUGCGGCUGCGCCAGCUGAUGCGUCUGCGUGCACGGCACCACCUGUUGUUGCGAGAGCCGGGCGGCGGGAGGGCGGAGCCGGUGACAGCAGGCGAGGAGGAGGAGGUGGAGAUGGAGAUGGAGAUGAACUUGAAUGAGAUGGACAAGGCGAAGGAGAUUGAGGUGGACUUGGACGACAUCCAGCAGCAGCAGCAGCAGCAGCAGCGACAGGCGGAGUCGACAGAGAGGCUAGAGAUGCGCAAGCGACGACGGAGGACGCGAACGUAUGCCGGGUUGCCAGCCGAUCCGCCGGGACCGCCUCGUUUUCCGUCUGAGAUGCCGGUCUCGCACAGCCGCCUAGUGCUAGGGCUGGCCGAGCGAACGGGCGAGGCCACGCGGCUGUACAACCAAACGCGCGCACAGUUCCAGGCGAUCUGUGCCGAGGCCGGCAUCGUGCGCAAGACCCAAGCCAGCCCGGCCGUCUGGGAGGCCGUCAAGGAGCGUCUGGUGCGCGAGACGCCACAUCUGCGGGCCAUGAUGGGCGACGAGCGGAACGACAAGCGCCGGCUCGCCCUCGACGUCCUCUGCACCGACAUCUGCAAACGGGUCCGGCUGGUCGAUCAGCGCAUGACCCUGGCAACGGCUCGCAACACGCUCGGCCUGAACCCGCGACAGGCCCGCGACAUCCGCUCGUCGCUGUACGACAUCCUCCGCGACGAUCGCUUCACCAGCAAGCAGCAGGCCGGUCCGGACCAUUGGCAGGCCCUGCAGCGACUCUGGCUCGACCGCUGCGCCCACCUGCGCGACCUGCUCGCCCCCGGCACCGACAAGAGUCCGUUGCAGGCCCGACGCGCCAAAGCUGUCGGCGCGCUGGCCCGCGACGUCGUGAAGCGGUGGCAGGACGACCAGCGACGACCCAAGCAGAAGAAGCAGCCGGCCAGGGCAGACAGUGAAAGCGUCCUGGCGAGAAGCACCGCUAGCAGCGAUCCGCCCCUGCAGCUCGGCGACGGUCUCUCGUCGCUGAUCGUCGAUGCUCAGCCGUCGCUUUUUUCUCUGCAGCUACAGUCCCUGCCGUUUGCGCCAGGCCUGCCGCUGCCACUUCCGCUUCCUCUGCCGCUUCCACUCCCACCACUCCUGCUGACCCUGCCGCUGCCGCUGCCUCUGCGCACCCGCUUCGCCCCCUACUUCCGGCUGCACCCACUGUCGACAUAUCCGGCGCCCAGCCGGUUAUGGAUCGGCCUGCCCAUCGGCAGCGACCCGACCGUGGCCGAGCUGCGGGCCGUCGCCAUCGCUGGCCUGCCACACGUCCUCUGCGGCUUCAUUCAGGGCGUGCUGCGCGGCGAGGGAGGAGAGAGCGGUGGAGAUGGUGAUGCUCUGGACGUCAAGCAGACCGACAGCAGCGUCGACGACGACGACGACGACGACGACGACGACGACAUGGUCGAAGAGGUGCGCGUGCAGAUCGCCACGGACGAACAGCUGCAGGCGUUUUUGCGAAGCCUCGGGCCGGAGGAGUCGCCCGUGUUCGUGGUGCAGCUGCUGUCGACCUGGACGGACAUGUGA